CCCCCGCAAGUGUUGAUGACCACCGAAUAUUCAUAAUGAAUCAGUCCCGCAAUUUCACAUCACUAUUGAAUCCAAGUUACCUGCAAAAUGCCCAGAAUUCAACGGCUAGUGCAGCUGCAGCGGCUGCAGCAGCGGCCGCUGCUGUUUCUGCUGCAAUUGCAAAUGGCACAUCACUGAAUGCCAACUCGUUAUCCGGAGGAAAAAAGCGUGAUGCCGAUGAUGGCAAGCAAGACCGAGAAUCCCGAGAAGAGCGUCGCAAACGUCGCAAGACCCGCUGGGGUGGCAGUGAGCACGACAAAACCUUCAUCCCCGGAAUGCCAACAGUCCUGCCGACGAACCUCACCGCCGAGCAGGAGCAAGCAUACCUCUUUCAGCUGCAAAUUGAGGAAAUCAGCAGGAAACUGAGGACUGGAGAUCUGGGAAUACCGCUCAAUCCUGAGGAAAGAUCACCGUCACCAGAGCCCAUUUACAGCAGCGAUGGCAAGAGGCUGAAUACCAGGGAGUAUCGGACUAGGCGUAAAUUGGAGGAGGAGAGGCAUAAUCUUAUUCAGAAAAUAUUGAAGAUUAAUCCGGACUUUAAACCUCCACCAGAUUACAAGCCUCCGAUAAUUCGUGUGCAUGACAAAGUUAUGAUACCCCAGGAGGAGCAUCCUGACAUCAAUUUUGUUGGAUUACUUAUUGGACCACGUGGAAAUACUUUGAAAUCUAUGGAGAAAGAAACAGGUGCAAAAAUAAUAAUUCGUGGAAAAGGAUCCGUGAAAGAGGGAAAGGUGGGGCGAAAGGAUGGACAACCAUUGCCUGGCGAGGAUGAACCUCUGCAUGCAUACAUCACUGCUAAUAAUCUGGAUGCUGUGAAGAAAGCUGUUGAGAGAAUCCACGAAAUAAUAAGACAAGGAGUAGAAGUCCCAGAAGGUCAAAACGACCUCCGACGCAAUCAACUCCGUGAAUUGGCUCUUCUAAACGGAACCCUGCGUGAGAACGACGGGCCCAGAUGCACGAAUUGUGGUGCCUCAGAUCACAAAUCCUGGAUGUGCCCAGAUAAACCAAAUGUUACGAAUAACAUCGUGUGCUCAAGCUGCGGUGGAGCUGGGCACAUUGCGAGGGAUUGUAGGUCAAAGCGUCCAGGCCAGGGUGGGCCAGCAGCUGCUGGCAUGGGGGCGCUAGGACCCGCUGGCGACAAGGCCAAGAUCGACGAGGAGUACAUGUCCCUGAUGGCUGAACUGGGAGAGGGACCUCCACCUGAUCGAUCUAAAUCGGGGCAACGAGCUAACGCCAAUCCUAAUUAUCCUGGAUUGUUUGACAAACAGCAAGCCCCACGAGCCCUGAUGGCCUCCCCAGCGCACCCACCCCCUCAGCUGAUGCAGACCACCCCGAUGAUGCCCCCUCCAAGCAUGGCGCCCCCUCCCUGGACCCAGACAGACCCCAACAACAUGAACGGCAUGAACAUGCAGUGGCAGCAGCCCCCAGUGAGCAUGCCCCCACCGCCAGGAGUCAUGCAGCCCCCACCGCCACCCCCAGGGGCCCAGCCGAGCCAACCGAGCAUUCCCCCACUGAUGCCCUGGAUGAGUGGAAGCAGUCAGCCUCCACCACCGGGUCAGAUGCCCCCGACUCAGAUACCCCCACCAGGAAUGGGCAUUCCACCCUGGCAGCAGCCUCAGCAGAAUGCCAUGAGGCCCCCACCCCCUGGAACAGCGCCACCACCACCAGGAUAUCCAGCCUGGCAGCCACAGCACAUGGGAGGAUGGCCACCAGCUGCUCCUGUACCACCACCUCCUCAGCAACAUCAACCCCCAGCGCCCCCUGGCAUUGAUCUGAACUCGUUACCAACUCUUCUCGCUCAACCACCACCACCUCCACCCCCCACCAGUUAGUUUCGACAGGUUUAUGGAUUAUAAACGGGGUUUUGAGGGAGAAAAUUCAGUGGUGAAGCGGGGAAAUUAGAUGAGGUCUUUUGGGGUCUUGUUUUUGGGGGAUAUCUUGGGAUUGAUGGGAGAUACAGAUUUAUUUGUUGAGAACUUUUUGUGGGGAAUUUGAAGAACUGCAAAAAAGGUAUGAAUGAGGAUUUCGAUAUCUCUUAUAGAUUUUGAGAUAUUCAUCGAAAACUUGAAAGUUGUGGGAGAUGAUUUUAGGUGAAGAAACUUAAAUAGAGGUUUUGUUUUGGAGAUAUAUCUGGGAACUGAUUGGAGAUAGCGAUUUCUUUGUUGAGAACUUUUUGUGGAGAAUUUUAAGAACUAUAAAAAAGGUCUAAAUGAUAAUUUCGAUAUCUCCCGUCGAUCCUGAGAUAUUCACAAAAAAAUUCAGUAUCUAAAGUUGAAUUGAAGUAGAAAAAUUUUAAUUCAAUUCUUUUGUAGCUCUCGAAAUGUCCUGACGAAAAAUGCACCUUCUUCACAAUCAAAAAUAUUCAUAAGAAAAUCACGAAUUUAAUUUCAUAUGAAUUUAUUUCUCUUGAUGCUCAAUUUUUUGUCAAUAAUUUUCUAAAAUGCCAGGACAUUCAAUAGAAAAGCCCUUUCACCACUGAAACAAGAAGAAUAGUUUGGUAUUUAGCUAUGAAAUGAUCAAUUAAAAAUCAUCCUCAGAUGAUUAACAACCGUCAGCUAUAGUUCAUUUACCUUUACGGUUUUCAAACACAGUUUAUUCAUUUAUUCCACACGAUAUCGAGACUAGAUUUACGUACUGUGUGUAGAAAUUACGUCCCCUGAGAAGUUUGUUUUAUCCAACUGUAUUUCUGGUACAUUAAGGGAAUCAAUUUUACGAUAAUGAUGUGUAUAGAUUACGAAUUAUCCUUUGGUACAUGAAUUGACUUGAGAGGUGAACCUUCAGAAUACUGAAAAUCAUAGGUGUAAUUCACGCAUUACGCACGACAUUUUGGGUUUCUCCUCGCUCGUUAAUCGCCCUAGAUAAUGCUAUUUUAAUUAGGUAUGUGUUAUUCACUUUUGGAGUCAUUGGAUUACCUAAGAAAUCUGGCGAUUACGCUGUGCAGAUUGUACACAAUAAAAUUGAGUUGAAUUAACCCUGGUGUUGUCAUUACGUAUGCUGAAGUGAUACUGAGGGCUUGAGGCUCUCUCGGGCAUCACAGACGUCAAAAAUAUCACGUCACUCCCCACCUCAACCAUCCGCUAUUUUGCACCUUAAAAAAUUUCACACCAAAUAUGCUGUGGGAGGAGCUAUAAUAAAAUCAUCGUCGCUAUACAACGAGGAAUAUUCAUAAAUUUCAGUGAUUAUCUGAUUGAGUUCUCUAGUGGUCUGGUAUUUCUGUAGUUCAUCUAGUAUUUUUAGACGUUUCGAAAACAUCAGUCGCCCCUGAUCUACGAAGUAUCCGAGACUAUUCAAUUUUUAAUGUUUUUAAAUGAAAUGAGGAUUUCGAAAUGUGUAGUUAAUUAUGACGAAUGAUUACAAAAUAUUUAAUAAAGGAAUGAGUGGAAAUGUC